AUGUCAAUCCCACCGCGAUCCUUUCCUUCCCACCUCCGAGGCUCCUCCAUCUCAGGAAGUGGCGCAGGACCGUCGCCUGCGCUCGUGGCGCGCAUCGAGGAGAAGAAGGCGGAGCUCGAGAACCUGAAGCAAUUGCGCGAUCUCAGUGCGGCAGUCGCGGGACAGAUGGAGGCACUUGAACAAAAACUUUCGACGCUUUCGGAUGGGACUGAAGCUAUUGCCACUGUUAUGAGUAACUGGCAUAACGUGCUGCGCGCAAUUAACAUGGCAUCGACGAAACCGUCCGGCGAUGGCGAUACGCCCCAGCUACCGCAAACCCUCGUCCGAAUCCCCACCGAACAUGCGCCCGCGUUACAAGCCCAGGCGGACGCAGCCGCAGAGGCAGAGGCGGAACAGAAGCAGGAAACGCCUUGA